CGCCGCUCGCAGCAUCGUCAGUAACCAGCGAGUGAUCGAACAAGCAAUAACAUCGAGCUAUUAUUUCUCUGUCGAAAUCUCAAGUCUUUAGCUAGUCUUUUUACAUCUAGUCUUUACGUCUAGUCUUGACGGAGAAGGUCAUCUCGCAUCUAGUCUUAACAGAAACAACUCGCCAAAGAUGCCGCGCGGUAAACCAGCCAAAAAAUUAGUCUGCCCCGACGGCGCCUGCUGCUACGACUCGGAGAGCUCCCUGUGCUCGGACUCGGACUGCAGCGACUGCUACGCCCCGAAGAAGCGCGUGACCAAGAGCAAAACCACCGCCAAGAGGAAGAGCAGCAACAAGUCCAAGUCCAAGAAAAAGACUCGUCGCAGUCGAAGGGACACGGAUGACGAGUCGUGCAGCUGCACCGACUGCGCGGACAGCGACAGCGAUUUCGAGUGUCCCUACGUGCCCAAGAAACGAGGCGGUGGUGGUGGUGGCCGUGGCCGUCGCCGUAACACUUGCUCCGGCUGCUGAAAACCGCUCGAGCUUUCGGUACAUCUGUAUCGUCGAUCCAAACUCUAGUCAACCGGCUUUACUUCCUAUUUAAGUUUGUUUUAAAAAUUUUAAGUUUUUACCGAAUUUAUCACCAGUAUUAGCAGAUGUUAUUUACCAAUAUGGUCUAAAUUUAAGUUAAUCAAUUGAGUCAUAGGUGAUAUAGUCGGACGAAACUUUGUUUUUAUUUUAAGCCAAAGACAAAUAGUAUUGUUAGUUUGUAAGUUAAAGAGCUUUAAAGACUACCGUUAAAGUAUUAUAGUUUGUAAUAUUUCGUAAGUCCAUAAAACCAAAGCGUGGUAAUGUUUAAGUUUUUAAUCUUGUAAAACCAAAGUAUCAAAAAUAUGUAUCUUAAAUCUCAUGUAAAAUCAUUAAGAAUGAAUGAAAAAAUAAUUUUUUAAUUAAUAAAAGAUGCUCCGAUACUCGGAGCCCCACCAAAAAAAACUAUACAACCAAAUAAA